AUGCAGCUGGGACGGAACCAGCUCAGCGCGGAGGAACGGGAACGAAGGAGAGUCAACAACACCUGCCUCUACUGCCGAGGACCUGGCCACUACCUCGCCACCUGUCCUAGCAGACCAAUCAUAGAGAAGGUUAUCACUCCUGUGACCGUCCGUCUCCAGCUGCCCCACACUCUCAGGGUCCAUCCAGCCUUUCAUGUUUCCCAACUCAAACCUGUACAUAUCAGUCCUCUGCUCCCUCCUCCCCCGGCCCCUCCACCCGCCCGGCUCAUUGACGGCCAGCCGGCAUUCACGGUGCGCCAGAUUUUGGACUCCCGCCGCCGGGGUCAUGGCCUACAGUACCUGAUUUACUGGGAGGGUUAUGGACCUGAAGAGCGGAGCUGGGUCCCCAAGCGGCAGAUUUUGGAUGCCGCUCUCAUCCGGGCCUUUCACCGCACCCACCCUGAGAAGCCUGGAGGACCGCCUAGGGGCACUCGUGGAGGAGGGGGUACUGUCACAACCUCCUGCUGUGACCUGUCUGUUGCAUGCAUUACUGCUGGGGGGCGUGGUCACUGCAACUCCAACCUACACACCUGCAACACAUCUCAUCAGUCCUGCACUCUGGUUCCUCAUUCCACAAUCAACUCACCUAUAAAAGACCAGACCAGCCUUCCAGUCCCCGCCGGAUCGUCGCAUCAGUUUACCGUCUUGCCCCAGCCUGCACCCAGUCCAGCCCGCCAGACAGCCGAGAGCUCUGGAUCCGAACCCGCACCAGAUUUCCCAGCAACACUCUCACGACCCGUUUAUCUGUGUGAAAACUCUAAAUAAAACCACCCAUAUCUCUCUGAUCUCUGGUCUGCGUUUGAGUUCUGGUCACUGGUCCUGACAGAUAGGGAGAAAAUGAUAAUCUCUGUUUUUGAAUCGUUUAAUUGGAGAACGUUUUUGGACAUCCAUGCUUUUAUAUCAGUCAGGCAUGAGCGAAUGUGGGAAAUAUCUAAAGAACCAGGUUUUAACGGUAUAUAUAACUGAGUGUCAUCUGCA